AUGAGUGACCGAGGGUAUUCAAAAGAACGAGAUACAAAACGAUCUCGUCGUCGAUCACCUUCAAGUCGAUCACCAUCACCACGAAGAUAUUCUCGUUCACCAUCACCUCAUCGAACAAAACGUAGUUCACCAAAUGGACGUCGUCCACCAAAUGAAAUUCAUCGAGAAAAUCCAAUACCAAGUGCUUGUCUUGGUGUAUUUGGAUUAUCACAAUAUACAACUGAACGUGAUCUUAAAGAUUUAUUUCAUAAAUUUGGUCGUAUAAAAGAUGUUCAAAUUGUAAUUGAUAAAAAAACAAAUAAAUCACGAGGUUUUGGUUUUGUUUAUUUUGAAGAAAUUGAAAGUGCUACACGAGCAAAAGAAGCACUGAAUGCAGUUGAAAUUGAUCAUCAUCGUUUACGUAUUGAUUAUUCAGUAACUAAACGUGCGCAUACACCAACACCUGGAAUUUAUAUGGGUGUUCGUACAACAUCUUAUCAUCGUUCUAAUGGUCAUAGUUAUCGUCGUUCACCAUCAUCAGAUAGAAAAUCAUAUCAUCGACGACAUCAUCAUCAUCGUCAUCGUCAUGAUUAUUCAUCAAAAUCACGUUCACGUAGUCGAAGUCGAUCAAGAUCUCGACGUGGUGAACGUCGACGUCGAAGUCCCGGAUAUACAUAUAAUUAA